GUACGGACGCAUCCCCUCGAUUCCCCUCUCCCCUCACUUUCUCUCUCUCUCUCUCUCUCGACGCGAGCAGAUCAGAUGUGCCGCCGCCGCCGCCGCCGGGCGAGCCGGCUGGCCGCCAUGGAGCUGAGCUGCGACGCGCAUCUGCGAUUCGGGCCGCCCUCCUCUUCUUCGCCGAAGUAAAUAAUGCAAAGAUGAGAAUAUGAGUCUAGCUAGAGCGGCGGCCACUGGCGGUGGCGAGUCGAGCAGCAGCUGCCAUGAAGGGCGACAGGGUGCGGAGGGGGAAGGAGGAGGCGCUUGGCGCCGGCGGGGGUCAGCUCUGCCCUGAGUGCGGGUACGAGUACCCCAACGCCAACCCCAACCCUAGGCUCCGCCGAUCCCACAGCAAGAACUGCCGCCGAAAGAUGAAGAUGCCCGUGGUGGCCGAGGAGGCUGGCGUGGCUGUGCACAAGCGGCGGCGUGGCUUGGCCGUGGAGAACGCCAGUCGGGGAGGAGGAGGAGACAAGGUGGUGCACGAAGGCUCUUCUGAGCAAGGAUGCUCGGCGAAAGCUAAGGAAAUUUCAGCUGAGCCAAAACUGAUGGCCGAUGAUCCAAUGUCAUCACAUGAGAAACAUAUGAUAUGCCAUCGUCACUAUAAGCUCUACCCUACCAAGGUUGCACCACAAUGCAAUGAUUUGUCUUUUGGACCAUUUUUGGGUCUUCGUAGGAAGGCCAUGAUUGUGACUAAAGGCAUUAAAGUGAUGUCAGGAGAAACACUUGAUUAUAAGCCAGAAGGAGGCCGAAUCAUGUUCUUAUUUGAGGCUGGAGUUGUGGAUGAACUGCAUGCUAGUGCCAUCAGAGACCCUAUUGGUAUAUAUUUGAAGGACAAAAAUGAGACAAUGUGCAUUGGCUCCAUAACCAAGGCGCAACCCAGGGCACGGCUCUGGUUGAUGCUAUCAGAAGAAAUGAAGCUAUUUCACAAUUCUGAGAGGAGGUCGGUGUACUUCAAUGGAUAUGAGUUUUAUCCUAUGUAUAAGCGCUUGCAUCCAUUGGAGACAUACAGAAAACUAUGGGUUGUGGAAGUGAAACCAUUUGAAGAUGCUUCUUUUAAUCCUGUAGAGGAUGAGAGGAAAUAUUAUCUAUUGAAGGUCUUUUCAACUGCGAUUCCUAAAGAAGAAAUUGAUGUACAUGUUCGAUCUAACAAGGAAGUUAAAAGGCUUGGGGUUAUUUCAUCUUAUGACACUUCAUUCUCCUGUAAAUUGGACUUUGAAGACCAGUUUACUCUAUCACAUACUUCACAAGAAGAGGAUGUGGUAUUCUAUGGAUACACACUUCGUCACGUACAUUCGUUUGAAUAUAGAGAGCUGCCUAUCUCAUGUCCCAGUCUUCUUUGCACAGUCAAAAUAUCAGAUGAUCCAGAGUAUCGUGCGUCUAAGGCACUCACUGCAAAGAGAGAACCAGAGAUGACGAUUGUGCCAUAUGUGCCAGAUACAGUUACCUACUGUGGCGAUUCUCGGUGAUGGACCUAUCUGGUGCAAGGCUUUUUUGAUGUGAAAUAUUUCUGGAGCUGUCAACGAGACCUGAGACCCACGUGUAAUUUUCCAAUGAGAACAAAAUGCUUUGUCACCCGAAGCCUAAUGUAGGAGUAUAAAUUAACCACUGUGCGCUUUGUGCUCAUGUAUGUUUAUAAACGUUCUGACUCCUGUCUCACGCGUUCAGAUUCCCUGCAAGGUUUCGCGGUUCUGUUGCUGCGCGAACUGUUCAUAACUUUUAUUGUAUGAUCAGUCUUUUCUCCGUGUUGUUAAUGGCUGGAUGCCGGGACACUUGUUAUAUAUGGCUUCACAACGGACGAACGAGCGAUUAUCAAACUUGAAAACCUCGUGUUCCACUUCUCUC